AUGGCGCCGACACUUGAAAAGCUGAAGCGUAUUACGAGAGAAUUCUCGCGGAAUGGCAAGAAUCCAGCGUACCCAAGUAAACAGAGUGCUACCCCAAGCCUUCAAUCAGGCUCGACGCCACCAGAGCCCGAACUUGUCGGAGGAUGGCUGUGUGCUGAAGGUUCUUAUCGAAAAUACAUCGAGGCCCUCAGCAAAACCAAUCCUGGCCUGACGACUGCGGAUCCAAACAACGUGGACAAUCCGUUGGGUUCUGGAAAUGCGACAGUCGUGUUGUUGGAGGCACCUGCGGGUGGUCGACCGAACUUCAUAUCCAAGAAAUUCGACAACUGCACACAACUCCAAGAACAUUUUGGUACUGAACCACGUCGCUCAGGGUGUCGAAGGAUAUACAUCAUGGAGGGCUUGGCUCGCGACUACGUGGCAACGAUAGGUGGUCACUUUUACAUGGAACCUACGUUCUGGCUGCGGCAAGAGAGGACGUGCGUCUGGAGCACUGACUUCACGCCUGUCAGCGACGCACUAUCCCAGCCAAGCCUGUUGAAUCCCGAGAGAAGCUUCCACGUGCAGUACUGCGAGUUGAGGGAAUUCAACAAGGCAGUGGAGUCUCGUCCCUUCUUCUGCAAACGGACCGGGAGACAUGUGGGAAUGACUGCUCCACGUCAGGGCGCCGACACCACCACAGUCAUCCUGCGACGUAAAGUCAGCUGGUGGAGUGCUGAUCGUAGUGAGGAUGACAAAGGAUGGGACGUCGUCAUUCUCUGUGACCCCCAGCUCGACAAGCUUAAGCCUGACCCUAAGGAAUAUAUCAUACCACAAAAUAAAGGCCCACAUCACCCGAAACCGCCAAGUGAGAAGCCAUGCGCGACUGAGAAAUUGGAGGACAAGGACAAACUAUGCAAUACCCCGUUCCAAGGAGGAUACAUUGACUUCGUUCCCCCCGCUCCUGUCGUUGAUGGUCAAAUUCCGAAAAUGUCGCAGCAUCCGCAUCACUCCAUGCUUCGUGAUCUUGUGUACUAUCACGAGACGAAUGCCCACAGGUUAGAGGAGGACAAGGAAUGGGAGAAGCCGGUCACGUCGGCUUUCUUCUUGAAGAAGAUUGUCGCUGCGCACGAGCUGCAGCUCACCGACUACAUCAAGUCCGUCCUGCCCUCACUCGAACUCAAGCUCACAACGGGCUGGGUUGAGGAGAAGGAGCAGUGGAAGGGUCUCCAGACCAUAUCUCGACGUUGCGGAAACUACCGCGAUGACAUUGAAGACACACUCUUGAGCCUCGGCUUUCCACUCGACGUCCCCAGAGAAUUCAAGCGACGUACCUGGGAGAAUUGCGAGAUUGAUUACCAAUAUGCCUACUUCCGGAUGAAGACGUUGAAGGAACGAGCCGACAACCUCAUGACAUCCAUGACUGGUCUCGCCAGCAUCGCAGGCAACCACCAAAAUCUCGAGGAAGCUAAACGCCUCAAGCGUCUAAACUUGCUAGCUCUGUUGUUCAUCCCCCUAGCGUACACGAGUAGCUUGUUCAGCAUGCAAGAUGAAUACGCGCCAAACAAGCCGCAGUUCUGGGUGUACUGGGUCUGUGCCUUGGGCGUGGUCAUGUUCACGUCUGUGGUUACCUGGGUGCUUGAUCGAGCACUCAAUGAUGCAGCAGAAUGGUCGUUGGCGAAUUUCAAGAUCUGGUUUCCAUGGGGCAAGAACGACUCCCAGACAAGACUCAACAAGACAAAAACUGGUAUUUGGGGGCCAACCAGAAGAGAGACAAGAUGA